AUGAGUACUUUGCACUUCAAAGCCGAAAUUAUUGCUCCAAAGUUAUCUCCGAUAAACUACUUUUUUAAUAUAUCGGUUCCGACCCUCGGUGCUACUAACGCAAGCGACAAAGACGACGUCAGCGAGCAUUCGAAGCGGCUAAUGCAGCUGCAGGAGCAGAUCGAAGAGAUGAAGCAGACUGUUCCGUUGUAUGACAGCGUUAGCAGCCACGACAUUCAUCAUUAUACGGCAACCUACAUCAUCGUUGCCGUGGCUACCGUCGGGAUAGCUAUUUGGGGAUCGCGCAAGAUCCUCCGCAGGCGGUCGGCGCAGGCGGCGGCGGAGCGCACGGAGCGGCCGACGCUGGCCACCCCGUGGCCGGCGGCAGCUCGGCGGCGGCCGCCCUCCUCCACAACGGGUAUUGACCAACAAGCGGUGGUUGAGCCCGUGAUCUUGUAUGCGGCUGCCGUCUGGGCGCCGGCCGUGGACAAGCUCGGUGUCCGCAAGCGGCUGAACGCGGUCCAGCGGGGCUUCGCGCAGAAGCUGUGCAGGGCAUACCGAACCACCUCCCUGAACUCGGCGCUGCUGCUCGCUGGGAUACUCCCCCUCGACCUCCGCGUUCGCGAAGCAGCAACCUUAUACGAGGCGCGGAGGGGAGUGCCCCAGCGGGUGAUAGGGGAUCAGGAGGUGGAGCGGAUGACCUCGGCUCUGCGGUCUCCGCACCCCGCCUGUCAUGUCGACUUGGAGUUCAAGUAUCUGGUAGACCAGGAACAGUUCAACGCCAAUAGCGACAAUAAUUAUAACAUCUUUACAGACGGCAGCAAGAUUGAGGGCAAGGUGGGGGCGGCGUUAUCCGUAUGGAACGGCGCUGCCGAAGCCACAACCCUCAAGCUUGGAUUGCCGUCCUAUUGCACGGUCUACCAGGCCGAACUCCUGGCGAUAUGCCGGGCGGCGCGGAUGGCCGCCGACGACUUGGCCGGAUCAGUUGGAAUAUAUUCCGACUCCUCGUCGGCACUGCUCACCUUAAAAAAUCCAAAAGCCCUCCAUCCCCUGGCCGUUGAGGCGCGGGGACAUCUGCAGAGGGCUUUACUCCAAGGCAAACGUGUCAGUUUGCACUGGAUCAAAGCCCACGCAGGACUAGAGGGGAAUGAGCGAGCCGACCAUCUGGCCAAGGAGGCUGCGCUGGAGCUUAAACGCGCUUUCGAUUACGACAGUUGCCCUGUUUCAUUCAUCAAGCGGAGCAUUCGUAUGCAAUCGAUUGAUGAAUGGAACCGGCGGUAUCGUGACGGGGAAACGGCUGGCGUCACCAAGGUGUUUUUCCCUGACGCGAUAGCCGCAUACAAGAUCACGAGCAAAAUAAAGGUGGACAGGUUCGUCACCCAGGCGUUGACGGGGCAUGGCGGGUUCUCCGAAUACUUGUAUCGCUUCAAGUGUAAGGAGAGUCCGUCGUGCGUCUGCGACCCUGGGUGUCCCGAAUCUGUCUUCCACGUCCUCCUGGAGUGCCCAACUUUUGCCUAUGAGAGGCUGCGUUUCCAAUGCCAAACUGGCGUAGCACUGAAAAAAGAAACUCUAAGUGAAAUUAUUAAAAACGGAAAAGUCAGACCACUGUUCCUGCAGUAUUGCAGUAAAAUAGUCAUAGAUGUAAAUAAUAGAAAUAGACACUAA